AGAUUUUUCUUCUGUCCCUUUUCAUCCCGAUUUCACACUGUGCGAGCGCUUUACGAAUAAGUAGCUCUUCGUCUUAUCACACCCUUCAACCAGUCUUGUCUGUGUUUGUACCGUUUCGCUCUGAUUCAUUGCGUUGCCCAUCUACAUUGCACGACGCUCCUUUUGGUUCGUUUUUACAAACAGGAACCAUGAGCCGAGGCAGUCAGAGACGCGGGACACUGGCAGCUCUGCCUUUCGGCAUCUCCGCCGCGACUGCAGCUGCACUGCCAGCCAUCGAAAGCGAGAACUUUCUGGCAAAGAACAAUCGCAAGAACCUCCGAAGAACGAAAACCAGUGCGCCCGAACGUUCGCACUCAAAGAACCACAAGCGAGCGUCGCUCCUACAAAGGGGUGUAGUGCAGACUCAACCACAUCCGCGGGAGGAAAUCGAAAAACGGUGCAGCUAUCACACCGGAAUAUACAACCGUGACUCUCCUGAUGAGAUUCAGAAGUUUGAAGUGUACAGCGUGAAAGAAAACGCAUCCUGGUGGUGUUGCCGGAGUUCACAAGCUACAAUGACACGACCGGGGAACCCCGCGUCGUGGAAAAAACCGCAGAGCUAUGUGAGGAGUUCGCCAGCCGCUCGGUCUUCGAAAAAAAACUCAGUAACAAAAUCAAGUGGGACGUUGUGGUUCCCUUGUUUCGCCCCGGAGCACAGUACAAGGAGGACGACGCGGAAACAGGCAGCCGCUACUUUUACUGGGGGCGGAAGGGCAGCGCCAACACCUGGGGCACGAGGACCAACGGCGACAGCAACAAGGGCAUGGUUUCGAGCAACGCGGGCACGCGAGCCACCAGCUUCCAGGUGAUGGACAGGAUCAUGGACGUGGUGGCCCACGUCGCCACCCAGCAAGUCAUCGUGGCGGGUCAUUCCGGCGGAGCCCAGUUCGUGCAGCGCUGGUCCCUGGUUUCUCAGAUGCACAUCCCAGAAGAAAAGGACUUCCGCGUGCAGUUGGUCUUCGGCAGCGCCAGUUCCUACGGCUACCUCGACCACCUGCGGCCCACGAAGGAGUGGAAAGCGUCGCAGUGUCUCGGCGGCAGUAAGAGCGCGUCCUGCUACGCGCCGGACCAAGUUCUCGGCGGUCCGUCAGCCAGCAAGUGGACCGCGAGCCUGCACGACCAGGUACCGGACGAAUUGAAGGAGGCAAUGCACCAAAAGGGUGCUGUGAGCGACAGGGAGGACAUUGUUGGCAACGCCACGUCUUACAUGCCUGUUCGCUCCUGGGAGGAUCUUGACAGGGAUCAGUGCCCGAAGCAGUUUUGGCCCGAGCUGCUUCGCAGCAAGAUGCAUUGCGAACAAACUCCCGCGGCCGGCAUUUUGUACGUGAAUGAUUAUUCCGAUGAAUCCGACAGGAUUAGUAUUGAGAAAGUGAUGGACGUGAGCCAGUAUCUGCGGACCGAGUACUUUCCCAGAUUUCAGACCCACAUUGUGAUUAACGAAGGCGACCGCUGUGCCUGCCUGGACAGCCCCGAGGGUUCCGCCAAGGAGAAAACUUUUGGCGAUUAUGUUCGCAACAAAGAGACGAACAACUACGGCAAUUGGAUUUUUCCCGACGACUACUGCAUACCGAAUUGAAAACACUUCUUACCCUUUCCGAGUCGAUGUUUUUAGGACCAAUCUUGAUGUUGCUUGAUUUUUAUUAUCCAGGCCGUGAACUAGAAUGGAAAAGGAAAUCGAAAUGGAUAUAAGAAUUAUUUGCGUCGUUAAUGAUGUAGCUCUUGUGCUGGUAGUUGUACUAGCAGCGCGAUCCGCUUGAUUCGUUCAAUAUCCCUGGUUUGUUGUGCAUUCAGACUCGGAGAGCAAAGGAGGAAGUGUUUUUUCCAGACGGAUACAUGACCCCCGGAAGCUUUUCCGAUACGUGGCUUGAUGCCUGCGCCUUUCCCAUCCAGGGCAAGCACGUGGACGCCCGGAAGCUUGCGUGGGCGCAGGGCCUCAGCCGGUACCAGCGAGGGUGGGCCUACUACUACUGGCUGCGCUUUCACGCCGGCGAUCGGUACCUUCCGGAGGAGGAAUUGCAGGCUUUGGAAAAGUAUUCCGUGAAGCCCGGUUUUGGGGACGACGACAACCUGGGGCAGCAGGACACGCAUGACAAUGAACUGUCGCGCGCUCUGGUGCAGUUUCACCACCAUUCCACUUUCCGCCACACCUGGACCAAUGCCAAAAGGCGCAUCCGAUACCUGCUCAAGCGUCGCAACUACCACCGAAACAAACCCCCGAACACGCGGAAAUCGAACCGGUACGCCGGCUACUACGCGAAGAAGCUGGGUGAGGUACGUGUCGCGCUGUCCGAGGAGGCGGUGACGGAGCUGGGCUCGGCGGCAGAGCUACUCGACGUUGCUCAAUUGACUGUCGAGGACAAAGUGGAGUCGCUCUUUCAGUAGAAGCGGCAGCGUCACAUAUCUUGCAUAAGAGUAAGGGAAAUAACACGACUAAAAGAAUUGCCAAACCAGGAUCUGCCCGUCACACAGCAUUCUCGUUUUCAAUUACAAGUUACCAUAGUUCAUUGCAUGCCUUUGUUCACAAGUGUUAACAUCACACAUCCUGCGCAUUAAGAGUAGCAGAAACUUUCAUUUUCCCCGCAAUCUUCCCGACCGACAGACGAAAUUAAGACCCACUACUUUUCUUCUUCCAAGAAAGGAUGUCGAGUUCGGAACCCGAACAACCUGCCGAAGUGGUAAGAUUUUCCUUUCCACAACUCAAAUGUGCCUUGUCAUCUGACGUACAAUAUUUUCAUUAUUUUCCAGGAGAAAAACAAAAAGCAAUAUUCGACAAGGACAACCCCGAACAAGAUGCUGAAUAUGUUUUCCCAUCUGUAACCCCAUACGUAGGACAAAAUUUUUUUUCGUGUUUAUUGAGCCUCAUCGUUUUUAAUGCCGCAGUGGGUGCGUGUUCAAGGGAUUGGGAUUCGAAAUCGAAUUCGAUCGAGUGAUAACUCAUGAGGGAUUGUGUUUCGUCGCCUCGUCGGCAAUAGCUUUCUAUUCUCUCUUCGUACUUUCCGGUGAAGCAGUGUCG